GAAUGUGGCGAUGUGAUGAGUGGGUCACGCAGAGCUGCUGCCUGGGGGCUCCUGAGAAGAGGAAUGCGUGGCGAGUAGGGGCCCCGGGGGCCUCACGGGGGCCUCACGGGGGCUCCCCCUAUUCUAUUGAUGAACCAUACACACGAGGAUCCCCACUCGUGAUAAGCCUCACACAGAGAUCCCCACUCUUAGCGAUGAGCCCCACUUGCUGAACCCCACACAGGGAUCCUCAAAUGGAGUGUUGACCCUACACAGUGAUCCGCAAUCGUGUGAAGAUCCCACACGUGCACAUGUACGAGCAAGCUGCGACGGUGUGGGUGCCGCGGGCAGGAUGCAUGGGUGGGACAGGUGAGGUAGAGCGGGGUUGGUGGAUAGGCGAGGGAGAGUGGGGUAGGUGAAUCGAGUGGGGAAGGUAGGACAGUGGCGUGGGUGUGGCAGGUGAAGAGAGGGUGGGACAGGUGAGGCGUGAGUGAGGCAGAUACGCAGUGCGCGUGUGUGGGAGCAGUGGGGCCAUGCGCGGCUCGCCGCGCUGCCCUCGCCGCUGGCCCCGUCGUGAAUCCGGGCCUCGUCAGCUCGACUGAGUCACCGUGGCAAUGGAGGCCGAGCGGGCGCGCCUGGCGGCCAGGAUCCAGCGAUGGAACGAGUCUUGCCUCGACCUCUUUGGGAUGAGCACCCCCGAUGAGGCCCUGGAGUUCCAUGCGGUGGUGCGGUUUCAAGUGCAGGCCGAGGGAGCCAUGGGCAGGGUGCACAGCACUUGCGUGCGCGUCACGAGCUCCAGCAACGCCGUCGAUGUCCUGCGUGCCCUGGAAGAGAAGCUGCAGACUCCUCUCGACUCCUACGGCAUUUUUGAAUUGCUCCCUGGCAAAGGUGAGCGGCGCUUGGGACAUGGUGAGAGACCACUUUUGUUGCAGCUGGGCUGGAACCCCAAAGGUCACCAUGGGAGCUUCAUUCUCAAACCAACUUCCCCAUUACCUGCCAAGGUGGACGGUUGUGAAAGCCCAAGUGACCAGGUCAGAGACAAUGACCAGGAUUCCUUGCAGAGCCUCAAGAAUUCCUCCGGCAAGGCCAUUCUGCAGCUGAGGAGGAGCCUCUCGGGGGGCAGCCAGAGGGAGAGGCGAAGGUCUUGGGGAGAGAAGGUGACGCCCCCCGUCAUGCGACAGAGCUCGUAUGGGCCGAGGAGCACGCAGCAGCAUCAGCAGCAGCAACAGCAGCAGCAGCAACAGCAGCAGCAGCAACAGCAGCAGCAGGGGGACUGCGAAGGCGGGGAUGUGGAGGGCACCGAGCAGUGCUUGCCCUACCUCAUUGACGUGACUCCAGGAGGAUCUCAACGCAUUUUCUUUCUGCAUUGUGAGGAGACGGCCAUUGGCUGUGAACAGCACCAAGACCGAUGCAUUCAGGUGCAUGGGCCUGGCAUUGGACCUCGCCACUGCUUUGUCCAUAAACAGGAUGGGGUCGUGACCCUGGUGCCAUGCGUACCACUGAACAACCUCACUUACGUGGAUGGGCAGCCAGUCCAUGAACCUGUGGUGCUGCACAAUGGGAACACGGUGCGCCUAGGGUCGGGCACUCUCCUGCAAUUUGUGUACGGACCUGGCUCCAUUCUGGAACAGGAAAUGAUGGCGUUUGGAAACACGGAUUUCACACCGUCAGGGCCUAUGGUGGCUGGCUUCGAGCACAACGAGCUGGGAUUGAGGAUACCUUCAACGGAAGCAAAAGUGGAUGUGCAUAGACCACAAGCACAGCCCUCAUUGCCGCAAGGGCAUCGGUACGGGCCUCUGGGAAUUGAACAAAGCGAAAUGCAACAAGCGAAGGGGGCGUUCGUGGAAACAGCACCCAGAGCUGUUGGUGCUGGACUCUGCUUCUCAGAAUCAGCCGUGAGCGCGGUGGCUUCGGGAGUCUCACAGCCUGAGCCACGUCCCUGGGAGCCCAGUCUAGGCCCAGGUUUCAACCAACAAGGCCUGGGGGGAUCAGAGAGAGCUGGAGCCAGGACCAGAGCCCAGGAACAGGGGGAUCAUCUCAGCAAGCCCUUGUCAGGACCAGAGCACAGCAAAGUCCAGCUCAGGAAUGCCUUGACUUCGGAGUUAUAUCAGAAACAAGCUGCAUUUGAAUCCAUGUCUGUGGAACAGGAAAACAGAGAGAAGCCUUCCUCAUCUACAUCAGAAGGGACGCUGCAGCGACUCCACGCCUACGAGCUUUGCCUCCCCGUCUACGUGGAGGUCUCCUCCAUCGCCGAGGAGGAGUUCCUGGAUGCGGUGACCUCUACCCCAUCGGACAUCCCGCCCUCGUUCAGCCUGGGACCGGCCUACACCAUCUACUCUGCCUGCCGUUUCCUGCUGUCCAGCCAGGGCAGCUGCUCCCUGCCCUCGCAGCAGCAGCAGCGGCGGCGGCACCAGCAUAUAGCGUAUCUCACAGAGGGAGCGGCCUCCCGCAUAGAGGGCACAGUACAGGCAAGUGGACGUGACAUGAUGGUGAGCGGUUUCUGGAUGGCCAACACCUCAGAGUUGCUUCACUUCUUGGAGCAGGAUGGUGACCUCCGCCCUCUCACACUCCCAGCGCAGGAGAUGCUGUCCUCCGCCGUCCACACAGCAUUCAGCAACCUGGUGGAGUGCUUGAAGACGGAGCUGAGUGUGCGCCUGCCCGUGUUCCUGCAGGACCCACAGACCCUGACUGCUGGGGCACCUCAGAUAGGUCCAGUGCUGUCUCUGCUGACGGAGGUGAUGUCAAUGCUGAGGACGUUCAAGACCAACCCCGCGCUGCUGGUGCAGAUAUUUGCACGCGUGUUCACGCUCAUCGCGGGCUGGCUCUUCAACUCACUGCUCUCCGACGUGGACCUGGGCCUGCGCUCGCGCUACUGGGCCACCACGCUGCAGCGCCGCCUGCUGCCCCUGGCGCGCUGGGCCGAGGGGCAGGGUCUGGAGCGGGCUGCGGCCUGCCACCUAGCACACAUCGUGCAGGCCACGGAAUUGCUGACCAUGCGCAAGUACGAAGUGAGCGACGUCCGCGAGAUCCUCGUCACCUGCUACCGCCUCAACUCGCUGCAGAUGCGGGCCCUGCUGGAGACCUAUCAGUACGCGCCCGACGAGCCCAAAAUACCGCAGGAGGUGAUUGAGCAGGUGGUGAGCGUGACGCGCGACACGACGGACGCGGUGUGGCUGUCCCAGCAGCAGGAGGUGAGUCGCCUCGAAAGCCUAGAGCUGCGGCUGCCCUUCCUGGUGCCCGGGGAUGGCUACGCCUGCGAGGGCCUCGCCGCCAUCCCUGCCGGCCUGCACCAAUUCCUGCAGCCCCUGCUCCUCGCCGGGCUGUGCAAACUGCUCCCACAACCGUGGACGGGGACCUGGACCGUCUUCUUCUCCGGCGACUUGGAUCGCCGCUCCGCUGCAAACUCGCUGUCCGAGGUCUCCGUCAUGAUGGGGGAACCGGAAAUUGUGCAGAUAAACCUGCAGAAGCGACAGGGCCUCGGCUUCAGCAUCGUCGCUGCUAAGGGACCCAGGCAGGCCAACAUUGGGAUUUACAUCAAGUCAAUCAUCAAAGGUGGCGCCGCUGACCUGGAUGGGAGAAUUGCCAGGGGUGACCAGCUGCUCUCCAUCAAUGGAACAAGUUUGAUAGGAAUUUCAGAAAAACGGGCAGUGGAGAUUAUGAUGAAGACCGGAUCCGUGGUGGCACUGGACAUCGCUAAAAAUGCCGCCCUCUUUCACAACUUGGCAGAUACGCUCAGCCAUCCGACGCCCCUCAACAACCGCGUGGUGCGGCGGACGUCCCGCGCAGCGCGUCCCAAGAGCGAGAGCUUCACGACGCAGGCGUGGCAAGAGAGGGACCACGCUCAGGGCAGUGCUGCCCAUAGCCAGGUCGACGUGUUGAGACUGCUGGAGGUUGAAAUCAAUCGGCUGAACUGCCGGCACCGCUCUCCUCUGGAGGAGGAGCAGCUGCAGAACCUGUGGAUUGAGUACCAGUCGCAGCUGGGUAGCCAGCACGGGGCGGUGUCCCAGUCUUCAGCGUUCAGGCCGGCGACAUCCAUGCUGGAGCUCUCUUCAGACACCCUGGUGACACAGGGCCAGUACUCGCACCCAGCGCUCCAAGCCCGGCUCGGACAAGCGCUGCCGGCCUGGUCUGACCACAGCCUGGGCCCCUGGGAGCAGCAUAGACAUUCUCCGGAGCCAAACCAAAUGGAAGCGGUUCAUCUGGGCACGAGCCAGACACGUCACAAAUUACUUUUACACCCAAACUCAAAACAGCGGCAACCUCAGUCAAGUCCACUUUCGUUUGUGACCUCAGCUGGAGCACCAGUUGGCGGCAGAGAAAGAACGACUCAUCUGUCACCUACUGGAGAACCAAAACCUCCAUUUCAAUCCACAAUACCUGGCAUUAAUGUCAACAUGAGAAGUGACGGUGAACGGCAUAACUCCUUAUUCUCAGUCAGUCAGCACACAGUGCCAGAAUUGAAAGCCCUGCAGUUACCCACUUAUCCCCCUCAGUCAGGGCCGCACUCAGGUGGUUUUAAUGCAAGUGUGAAACACAGGAGAGAUUCUCAGCAGUCACUCGUGGAGUCUCAGGUAGAGAUGGAGGCACCGAUGGGAUUGGUCUCCUACACAGAGCCUCCUGCUGGCCCUCACUGUGCCCAGUCCCCAAGUGGUCUCUCCCCAGACCUAGACCCCGAUUUAGCGGCAGGGGGUUUCCGCCCACUGUUAUUCCGGGCACCUGUUCCCCAGGAGGCCGAACGAAGCUCCCCGGUUCCCGCCUCGAGGUUUUCUACAGGAUUCUCUUCAACCUCCGAUGGGAAUCUCAAUCAGCUCCUGCAGAGAGGCUUCUUCGAGCCCAUCCGAAACUUCUCAAAGAAUAUGGACCAGACUCUCAAUGCUGUGCACCAGGGUUUACCCACAACACAAACACACCCAGAUGACUUUAACGCAAAUCCAUAUGACUUACAAAGUACCGUUCACUUUGUGGAAAAUGGCAGUGAAAAUCAAUGUGUACCGAUCCUUAGUCACCUGUUAUCACGACACAAACAAACUGCAAAUCCACACGAGACAGGAGAAUUGCACAAUGAAUUAUCUUGUGAUUGUGAUCGUUUAGUGGGAGAGAGCGGAGUGGAGGACCCUCCCUGCAGGCCCCGGCAGCAGCAGCAGCCCCACGAGCCCACAGGCGCAAGACGCCACGCGCCUGGGUUCACUGGAGCGAGCAUCGGCGAAUCAAAAGGCACAAGGCGAACCACUUGUAGAGUCAUCCCUGAUGUACUUUCUUCCAUCUCUGAGGAGAUGUGGCCUGGAAAUGCCCAACAAUCCACAGCAACUGAGCUAAAUUUCUCAACACACAUCAGAAACCCCAAGAGAAAUGCCUUGGGUGUUAUGGAUGCAAUACAAAAACCCACACAUGACAAAAUUAUUGCAUUGGAACAGACUAGACAGCUUGCUAGAAACGUUCAGGUAUCCCAUGAUGAUGUAGAGGUAUUGCCCAUCAUUAAAAAUAAACGGGACCAGCAUGUAAACACGUCUGCUGCUAAAGAGAGUGAAUGUAUCGAUCAGUCGCCAAGUUCUACAAUGCACAAGUUUGCAGCAGAUGGAAUAAAACCCCAGUUUGUAGAAAAGGUGGACAUGAAGGUUCAAGUACCAGGAGGCAACGAAGAUCCCAGUCACCUCUCCCUGUACUGGAAUGAAACAAAAGCUUCAACAGGACCGGAGCCAUCACUCACAACUGAAGGGAAAUUGCCCAUUUUUAGAUCGCAUGGAACAAAUUCUGCUGGCCCCAUAACUCCUCAACACACCACAACAGACAUUGCCGACGAAAUUAAGUCUGAAGUCGCCUCAGAUGCAGGUACGUCGCAGCGAAGUGAUGAACACAGGAAGUCGCGCUCCCGUGGGCUUCCACGCGUAACGACCGAGACGCUCACCCUAGCUCUGCGGGAGACAGAGGAGUCCUGGGAAGCACAGGCCACAGGCCCCAUCGUCUCACAGCUGCCUAGUGCCGCCGCGCCCUUUGCACCGCAAACCUAUCAGUUUGCGGCUCCCACUGAACACUUGCAACAUAGCCAACUCCGCGUGAGCCCUGAACCUCCAUCGACAGAACCUAAGGUUGGUGAAUUUAGCCAAGGAAAUUUGGAAAUAUCUUCUUCAAUGGAUAACUCACACUUCGAAGCAGACACGAAGGCCAAAGGUUUGACCAAUUUCAGUUCUGGUCCUUCCAAUAAAUUUACAAGAUAUACAUCAAGUUUUAUGGGACAUUUUAUACAGGAAAAUAUUCAAAUGACAAGUGACCAGCUUGAGUCAAAGCAAAGUCCUCCAAAAGUUGAACUAACUCAGUCAAGUGAAGAUGCUGACUCUCAGUGGCAUGUCGCUUUGAUGCAAAAUAAUAGAUCACCUUUAGAUUAUUACUUGGAUGAAACUCAUAGAGAUGUAGAGGUUAUGUUUUGCAAUAACAUUCAACAAGCUCCUGAAUACUCUCAACACUUGAAACAAGUUGCAUUCUACCCUUCCAUUGAGGCUAUGGACCCUCGCGGAGCAUCAGAGAGAGGCAUGGCCGAAGAGCUUAGUCGGCAUCCUGAGGGGCUCGAGCUCCCCGGGGAGGUGGUGCACAGCCAGGAUGCAAGGCAGAAUGAACCAAACAAAAACAACAGUUCUCAUCCUCCACUGAGAUCUCAGCUAUCUUCACAAAUCCCCUUUGUUCUACCAGGAAGACAAUUGUGUAGUGAUAUUAAAACACAGGCAGAUAUCGCUUUUCUUGAAGAAACAAAUCAUGGAGCUUCACCACAGCAGGGCGAUCAUAAACCUCAUGAUGUGCCCAAAGGUGAAAUUUCCAACGCUUAUGCUAAUAAACCGGAGCAAACUGCCGAUGACAGGGUUCUAAAUAAUUUUCAAUUGAGCCCAGUCGAUCAAACUAUUGAUACUCAUUGGGAAAACUUAAUCCACAGUCAGCUUGAUAGAUAUCUAGAGAGUCCACUUUUAGAUACCACUUCCUCGAGUUCUAGUGAAAUACCAGCAGUGCAUUCCUUGGAGGUCCCACUAUUACCUCCAUCAUUGCCCCUGCCUUUAGAAGCUGAGAUGUUCACAGAGUCGGCCUUCCCACCCCCGCCUUCACCAUCUACCCUGCUGGUUGAUGAUUCACCCUGGGUAGAAAGGACAACUGAGGUGGGAUCGGCUAAUGAAUGCGUUCCCUGUAAUGGGGGACACUCCCAUGAGCAUCCAGAUGACGUCCAAUUUUCUAGAGUAACAGCCCAUGCUCUGAGGACCUAUAGCUCUGCUCCUCAGGACCCAGGGGAGGUGUCCUGGGCUUUGGGACGAGCAUCCCUGAGAGACGGUCGACCGAUGAGAGUGGUGGACGUGAGGGAGGGCACUGCUCGAACAGACUUGCAGGUCCUGGACAAGAGAGACUCUUUUCGAGCACAAAAAGUCUCAGGGCUGAGGCUGAACCCAAGUAAAGGCUCAGGGCAGCAUGAGCCUCGUCCACCAGUGGCUGUAAAACCCAAAAGCCUGACAUCUAUGCCUCAACCAGUAGUUCAGCAAUCCGGCAAGUUCAUGAGAUCUGGCGUUUACAAGCCACACAUACUACGGCAACAGCAUUCAAAGCCUGAAGGUUCUGCAGACAAACUGUCCUCGGUAGGGCUGAGAGAGAUCAGGAUGGGAGAUGAACACCAAUAUUCCAGAGACUCUCCUCACCGUCAGCACCCCCCCUCCCCCAGUGAGGCCGAGCAGGACGCGGCUCCCGGGGUGGAGACGCUUCCCUUUAACGAGCGCCUCCGCCUCUUCCGCCAACGCGAGAGUCAACGCAAGCACACGUGACCCUGCUCUCCUCUGACAUUGGAAAGUGGCGAAGGCUGACGAACCACGCACGGUAUUAGUCUCAAAUGCUUUGCCUCGCUCGUACGUCGGACACAGGUAACGAAAAGCAGAUCACUGGACGCAUCCAUUGUUGCUGGUGGUAAACAUCACGCUGCAGAGUUCGUGCAAACACAGCCAGAACUGCUGUGGUUGCACGCAUGCCUUGCACUGAUUUCAGCCGUAUUACGAGUGGUGUCAGGCUCUAGGCCAUAGCUCAAGUACAAGUGCCUUGCCCUAAAAAUAGCUGCAGAAUUUCCAACCUGUGCAUAAUAUGGCUAUAUGAGGGUGGGUCAUGGUUGAGUACCUAACUUUAAGUAAUUUAAGAAAAACUAUACAAAUGUAAAGCUCAAUAGCAAAUAUAAUCACUGUGCAAAAUACCACGUACAA